AGUAGAAAGAGAAGAAUUCUUAUUUAUGUCGUUGGAAGAAAUAGUUAAGUUGAUCACCAGUGAAGAAAUUGUAGUUCUAUCGGAAGCAAAAGUAUUUGAAUGUGUUAUUCUAUGGGUUAAACAUGAUUUAGAAUCCAGAAACCAUUUUCUGCCCCAAUUAAUGGAACACGUACGAUUGCCAUUAAUACCAAACAAAUACAUAUUCAAAAAUGUAGUUGGGGAAUCUCUUAUUAAUAAUUGUUUAAAAUGUAAAGAUUACGUAAAUGAAGCAUUACAUUUUCAUUCACUUAAGUCAGAUGAUUUUGUCACUAUUCCAAAUAACAUCCGAACAAAACCAAGACAGCGUGGUGAUUCUCAUAAAGGCAUUUUAGUUGUUGGUGGAAUGUGGAAAAGUGAAGCCAUGUCUAGUGGUACAGAAUGGUAUGACCCUACAUUCAACCAAUGGCAGUCUGUACCACAACUGAAUACACCACGUCUUAGUGGUGGUCUAGCUGUAAUAAAAAAUAAUUUUGUGUUUUAUAUGGGUGGUUAUAAUUCUGAAGGAACUUAUAAAUCUCUUGAAAUAUUAGACUUAUCUUCGACAUGUCCUGGCUGGAAAACAUCUGUUGAUAUGUUAGUAACACGACGACAUUUAGGUGUUGGUACAAUAAAUAAUUAUAUAUAUGCAGUUGGCGGCUGUGAUGGUUAUAGUUGUUUAAAUAGUGCCGAAGUUUUCGACUGCACUACUCAAGAAUGGCGUAUGGUAUCUAGUAUGUCUACUAGAAGAAAUUUUGUUGGGGUUGGAGUACUAAAUAAUCUCUUAUAUGCGGUUGGAGGUUGUGAUUCAAAGGAUACAUUAAACUCUGUUGAAUGUUAUAAUCCCUGUCUUGAUAAAUGGACACCAGUCGCGGAAAUGCGUGAACGUCGCUGUUCUAUGGGGGUUGGAGUUAUAGAUGAUGUACUUUAUGCUGUUGGCGGUCAUAAUGGAUUAAUUAGUUUGAGAAGUGUUGAAGCAUACAGACCAAGUACAGGUGUUUGGACUACUAUUCCCCAAAUGCAUUAUCGUCGAUGUCAUGCAGGAGUAGCUGUAUUAGAAGGUGUAUUGUUUGUUGUUGGUGGAUUUGACGGAGCUUCUAAAUUGAAUUCUGCAGAAUUUUACAGGCCCAACACUAACUCCUGGACCAUCGUCCCAGCACCAAUGAAUGCUUCACAAAUUUAUCUUGGAGCAGUAACCAUUGAUAAUCCACGAUAUUUUAAAACUUUUCAUUCAUGA